GACUUUGAAGCAAUAAGUACUGAAUGCGGUAAAUUUGAACCUGCUAAUUGUACACUGAACGAUGUGGAUUAUUCUACUCCUCUUACUUCUCUUACUUGUAAAGAUAUCGAUACUUUUUCUUUCGGCAACUCUGGAUGCAUUUUAGAAGAUAAAUUAAUGUCUAAUGCAUUUAAUUGUUCUUAUGAGAUUGUUGUGACAACUGCUCUUUUGAAUAAUAACAAUCCUUCUAUCGACCCUGCAUAUCUUUCAAGUAAUGAAGAAAUGA